AUGGGGCCCGUGUCGAGGGGUUCUGACGUGCCACAACAGCCGGGGAAUGGGGAGGGGGAAUCAUCGCGGAAAGUGAUAGUGCCUGAGGUGAGAGCAACGGCUGUACUAAGCGUGCAUCUCAUCCCUUCAUGUAAGACCACGUUGAGGCGUUUCGUGAUGCACCCGAUUGGAGGCGAUGGCUUUCUUGUCGCCGUAGCUUACAUCGACCCCGGUAACUUCGAGAGCGAUUUGAAGGCGGGGGCUGCAUACAAAUUCACGCUCCUCUGGGCUCUGCUGCUCGCCUCAAUAGCAGGCCUCUUCAUACAGUCACUCUCAGCUAACCUCGGGAUUGUCACAGGCAAGCAUCUGGCGCAGCACUGCCGCCUGGAGUACCCUUCGGGUCUCAACGUGGUGCUGUGGGUCAUAGCAGAGAUCAAUGUCAUCGCCAGCGACAUUCCCCAAGCAGAGAUCAACGUCAUCGCCAGCGACAUUCCCCAAGUGGUGGGCACAGCCACCGUUCUUAACCUCCUCUUAAUGUUUCAUACCACCUCCCUGAUUCACCCGCCCUUUCCUCUCUCCCUCUUCGUCUCUCCUCCCUGCAGUGGUGGGCACAGCCAUCACUCUCAACCUCUCGUGGUGGGUACAGCCAUCGCGCUUAACCUUCUCUUCCGCAUCCCCCUGUGGGCCGGUGUGCUUAUAACGGGUUGCAGCGCCCUGCUGCUCCUUGCUCUCGAGAGAUUCGGGGCGCGGCCUCUGGAAACGAUAAUGGCGCUAAUGGUGCUGCUUAUAGCGGGGUGCUUUAUAGCGGAGAUGGUCAAGGCGCUACAGCUGUCAGACGUGGGAGAACUCUUCAAGGGCAUGGUCGUGCCUCAGGUGAGCAAUCAGAUGCCUCAGGUGAGUAUUCAGGUGGUGCAGGUGGUGCCUUUAGUGCAAUCAGGUGUUUCAGACUCUCUCGCCCCCACCCCUGCUCCCCUCCCGCUCUCCAUUUUUGAGGCGCCUCAAAAAUCAUCUUUCCUGCUCUGCUCCCCCGAUCUCUCGCCUUCCCCUUCUCCCGUCACCAACCAUGCAUCCUGCCACGAACAACAUCGCUUGCCCUGCCUCCCCUCCCCCCUUCUCCUCUCCCCCUUCCCAGGCACAAUCUCUUCCUUCACUCCGCCAUCGUUCUCAGCCGCAACCACGCAGUUUGGAGUCGUCUCAAAACCCGCUGCUCUUCUCUCCCCCUCCCCUGUCUCCCUCCAGGCACAAUCUCUACCUUCACUCCGCCAGUGUUCGCAGCCGCAAGCACGCAGCUUGAAGUCGUCUCAAAACCCACUUCCCCCCCUGCUCUUCUCUCCCCCUCACCUCUCUCCAACCAUGCCUCCCACUCCACCCCCCCCACCCCCAAGGCACAAUCUCUUGCUGCACUCUGCCAUCGUUCUCAGCCGCAAGCACGCGGGCACCACCCGUUCUCAGCUGCAAGCACAAUCUUACUCGCCCGCCCCUCCCCCAUCUCCCUCCAGGCACAAUCUCUACCUUCACUCCGCCAUUACCGCCAGCCAUUACUCUUUCCUAGAGCUUGCCUUGGCGCUGCUGAUUAGCGUGGUCAUCAACGUGGCAAUCAUUGCUGUGGCAAUGUGCCAAUCAUCAGCUCCUGUCCCUCUCCUAUCACCCUCUGAACCGCUUCCCACCCCUCAGACCGCCAGCCAUUACUCAUUCUUAGAACUCUUCUUAGCGCUGCUGAUCAGCACCGCCAGCCAUUACUCAUUCUUAGAACUCUUCUUGGCGCUGCUGAUCAGCGUAAUGAUCAACGUGGCAAUCAUCUCUGUGGCCGGCGCCGUCUGUCACUCCGCCAGUCUGCCGCCCGGCGCCGCUGAAGCGUGUGCCAACAUCAGCAUCAGCAACGCUUACGUGCUGCUCACGGACGUGCUGGGAGGAUGGGCAGGGACGCUGUUUGGAGUGGCACUGCUGGCAGCAGGGCAGAGCAGCACGGUUACUGGAACGUACGCCGGGCAAUACGUGAUGCAGGGCUUCAUCGAGCUCCGUAUAAGCACGUGGUUGCGCAACCUCAUCACGCGCUCCGUUGCCAUUGUGCCAGCGCUGCUCGUGGCUCUCCUCUUCGGGGCUCAGGGGGCAAGCCUUCUCAUCAUCCUCUGCUCGAUUGUGUCAUCAUUUGGCCUCCCCUUCGCCCUCAUCCCCCUGCUCAAAUUCACCAGCACCACUCUCAAAAUGGGCAUGUUCGCUACACAUACAUGGACAACCAUUGCCGCCUCCAUUGUGGGCACUCUCAUCAUCCUAGCAAACGCCUCUCUCAUCAUCUGGACCUGCGUUGACUUGCUCUACCUCAAACCCUCCUCACCCCCCUCCACCGAAUCCAACCUCAUCCGAAUCCUCUUCACCGUUCUAGCAUCCCUGCUUCUCCUCCUCUACCUCAUCACUCUCGCACUCCUCGCCCUCCGCCCCAUAUCAACUGCCACAUACCAGCCCACGAAAGACGAGCUUGCCAAAGCUGCUGCAGUGGCUAAAGCACAUGACUUAGCCAUUGAUACUUACACUAACGGAGGUCCAGGAGGGGAUAGUAAAGUGUCUCGUCUGGUGGUUCUGGUGCCAGUGAUGCUGGUGGCACUGCAGCUGCUUCGUUUUCUGCCUUGGAACCUGCCAAUGUAG